GGAGUUAUUAGGUAUUUGUCCGUACUUACUUGGGCUUCUGUUCGCGUCGAAAUGUCUCGCGGCGAACUGGCCGCGGCGAAAUGUCGUGCACCCUAGUGUGAGACCCAUGCAGAGCGAUGUGCAGCGAAUGCAUCGGGCAUGGACAUCAUUGUAUUUUGAAACUGCAUUGGCGAACCGCCCACUGUAGCGCUGCUCUGAGAAUUUGCAUCAUGGAUUGGGAACAAUAAAACGCUCGAGGUUGUUUCAAAAUAUCAAUAAACAGUUGAUUCCGAUAUCAGUUCAACUUGUGACCUCUUACUUUAACACAGUGCUUUCAGCAAAUGAAUACUAGUCUCGAGUGAAAACGAAUUAAUGUAAAUUCUUUUUUUAACCCCAAAUACAGCCAAAGUACAAAAGACUUUCAGUUAGUUGAAUAUACCAAAGAACAAAAUGCUACUAAAUAAAUACUCGUUAUUGCCAUUACUUUUUCUAAUACUCAUAAAUGAAAGCACCAAUGGAUACAAACCAGUUUUCUUACUGCAUGGUAUUAUGACUGGUGAUGAGAGUAUGGAACUUAUUAAAAAUACCAUUGCUGAGAAACAUCCUGGAACAAUUCUGUACAACUGUGGCCGUUUCGGAGGAUGGUCAAGUCUGGAUAAUAUGUGGUAUCAAGUGCAACAAAUAGGAGCAGAUCUAAUGAAUAUCUCAUCAUUACAUCCAGAAGGUAUCAAUUUGUUGGGUUAUUCUCAGGGCGCAUUGCUAGCGCGAGCCGUACUGCAAGCGUUUCCAGAGCAUGGUGUGCAUAAUUUUAUUUCACUUAGUGGUCCACAAGCUGGACAAUAUGGAACAAAUUUUCUGCACAUUAUCUUUCCUGGAUACGCAUUGGAAACGGCCUACGAAUUAUUCUACUCUCGAAUAGGCCAACAUACAUCAGUUGGUAAUUAUUGGAACGAUCCAUACCAUCAAGAGUUGUACUAUUCUUACUCACAAUUUUUACCAUUUGUAAACAAUGAAAUAUUGACAAACCGGAGCAGUCAGUUCAAAGAAGGACUCGUGAAGUUGAAACAACUGGUGCUGAUUGGUGGACCCGACGAUAACGUCAUCACACCAUGGCAAUCAAGUCAAUUUGGUUAUUACGAUGACAAUAUGACCGUAAUAAAUCUCACGGAGCGUGAUAUAUACACCAAUGAUACAAUAGGUUUGAAAACAUUGAAGAAACAAGGCAAAUUGAAGAUCAUCACUGUGCCUGGUGUAAAUCACUUCAUGUGGCAUCUGAAUGAAAGCCUAGUGGAGAAUUAUAUGCUGCCAUAUUUGGAUUAACAUUGUUACAAUCCACUAGUCUUGAAUUCCAAAAUUGGGGCCAAAGCUUAACUUACGUUUAAAAGGGAUGGCCGUCAUCUAAUAGUUAUUUUUAGUUGUGACUUGCUUGCUCUCUAUUGUUUGUAAUCUUGUGUGAGUUUCUAAGGGCAACAAAGAGAUUAAUAAAUAAAUUAAGCACCAAAA